UUCAUGCUUUCAGUGAACAGAACGAGGAUGGGUUGAGAGAGGUGAUGAAUGGGAUGAUUGGAGAGAUCAGACACUACACAGACGGCUGGAGAAAAAGGGAGGCGUUCGAUGGAGCAAAGACUGGCCGUGAUUUCACAUUUAAAAUCCCUGUCUGAUGAAUAAAAUCAACGAAUUGCCUAUUUUUCUUAUUUGAACUUAAUUCAGCAUAGCAUUUCAUAGUCGGCCUUAUUUGACCAGGCGUUGAAGAUGCCGGUAGCUGAUUUGGUCUGACUAGAGGAGACGAUGGAGCCAUGAGAAUGUACCAAGUCUUUCCGCGAAAACAGAUGGGAGAUGAAACCUAUUCGACAUAAAAAUUGAUAUUUUUCCCUGUAGCUAAAAUGAGUUUAUUAUUGCUGCAGAUGUAUGCGUUUUGAUAAACUGUAGUAGGAUAGCUGCUAGAGGAAUUUUGAUGGCACUUACGACGCCAGGGAUUGAGCAACGAGUAACGUUACAUUUCGGAACGUUGAACAGUCGGGCCUUUCAAAGUGAGAAGCAAGAAUGAAUGUUAAGCAUUUUUCUCGCCCGGGGAUAACUGCGGUGCACGCAGCUGGUCACAUUUUGAGAGCGGUGUCAUCUUUGGAGAGUAGCGAAAUGCAAGUCAACUGAGAGGAGCGCCGUGCGGAGCUGUAAUAGUAAUACCCAAAUCCGUCUAGAACCAAGUGGAUGUUUUAAGCAUUUUUUUCUUCUUCCGCAGACGAGAAGAUGGUGUGCUGCCAAUAUCAAUGCAAGCGGUCCCUAUUUUCCCUGCCUUUUUAAGUGUAAAAGGAGCUCGCGCUACUUUGGAAUUAAGAACCGUCAGUCACGUAUGCGCGCCUCGGUAGCCAACGUUAGCUUAGCUGCUAUAUCCUCCGUGCUUUAGCUUCCCAUUGAGCAUGAUUGAAGAGUGCGUUUAAUUUCGCUAACGUCAACACCGAUGUUUUCGGUCGUCACGAAUCCACCGACACGUUUGUUUGGGUGAACUUUGAACCAACACCCCAUAGCGUAGAACAGACUAGCAAGACAUGUCGGCGUGAAGGGAACCGCACUGACUGUCUCGAAUCUCCUGUCAAGCCACAGACGUCAACAGCGCUGUGAAGAGCUGCUUAUUGGAGAGGGGGAAAAAAUCACAUUACCUAGAUUGUUCACUCUGCCUUUUGGAGCUCUGCGCCCACGGACUGAAUCCCUUCCCUUCGAUUUAACAACCAAGCAAAAUGGGAGAGCAGCCUAUCUUCAGUACGAGGGCCCAUGUCUUCCAGAUCGACCCCACCACCAAGAAGAACUGGGUUCCCACCAGUAAACACGCCGUCACAGUCUCCUACUUCUACGACAGCACGCGCAACGUCUACCGCAUCAUCAGCCUCGACGGCUCCAAGGCAAUCAUCAACAGCACCAUCACCCCCAACAUGACCUUCACCAAGACCUCCCAGAAGUUUGGCCAGUGGGCCGACAGCCGAGCCAACACCGUCUACGGUCUAGGCUUCUCCUCAGAGAACAACCUGCUCAAGUUUGCAGAGAAGUUUGCUGAGUUUAAAGAGGCAGCUCGGUUAGCCAAGGAGAAAUCCCAGGAGAAGAUGGAACUCACCAGCACCCCUUCUCAGGUCGCUGCAGUUAAAAAGAAUGUGCUCCCAGUACUUCCCAAAGUACCUCCCAAAGUACCUCCCAAAGUACCUGUAAGAAAGAAGGAGUCGGCCACCGGCGACCUGCAGUCACCUUUGACCCCGGAGAGCAUCAACGGCACUGAUGACGAGAGGGGCACCACCCCCGAAACGCCGCAGUACCUCCCCGAGCCCCGAGCCGAGCCGUCUCAGAACCAACUGCCCUUCUCUCACAGUUCGUCCAGUAUAAACAAGCACUGGGAGGCCGAGCUGGCAGCCCUGAAGGGCAACAAUGCCAAGCUGACAGCAGCUCUGCUGGAGUCCACAGCCAAUGUCAAACAGUGGAAACAACAACUGGCUGCUUACCAGGAGGAGGCUGAGAGACUACAUACACAUGUGACAGAGCUGGAGUGUGUGAGUGGUCAGAUGACCGUCAUCAAAUCCCAGAAGACUGAGCUCAACCAGACGAUAGAAGAACUGGAGUCGGCAUUGAAGUCCAAGGAGGAGGAACUGGAGAGGCUGAAAGAGGAAGUGGAGAGCGCCAAUGAGUUCCAGACUCAAAAGGAAUCACUAACACAGAAACUGCAGGAGACGGAGGAGAGGAACCAGAUGUUGGAAGCUCAGCUGGUGGAGUUAGAGCAGCGUCUGGAGGGCAGUCAGCUGGAGAGAGAGGCCUUCAGGAAGAGUCUGCGCACCCUGCUGGAGCUGCUGGACGGGAAGAUCUUUGAGCUGACAGAGCUCCGAGACAGCCUGGCCAGACUCAUUGAGGGCAGCAGCAGCUAGAGGAGAGAAGUGCUCCCCCUGGUGGAGCUUCAGUACUCCUACACCAUCACCACCAUAAUAACAACACAGUGAUGGGAGAAUACUGCUAGUCAGUGCACAAAGGCACUGCACGGAAAUAUUCACUCUGUUAUUACUACACAUAUAGUCAUUAUGCUCCACUCUACUGAAAACGUGCACAUUGGUAGUAAAUAGAUAGACUUGCUCGCUUGGAUUUAGUUUU